CGCCUCCGCGCGGGAGCGCGCCCCGGGGAGAGCCCGAGCAAGAUGGAGGCCGCGCCGAGGCCGCCGCCUGGGCCCGGGAAGCCGCCGCUCGGAGCGCCGAGCCGCGGCGCCUAGGCCGUGCCAGUCCCGGACCCACUGCUCCGGACCGGGCCCAGCUCCCGCCCGGCAGCCCGGCGGUCGGUCCCGGGCCGGCGGCCCCCGCAAGCCGCCGCCGGCCCCGCCCCCGGGCACCAUGCUGCCCUCGCAGGAGGCCUCCAAGCUCUACCACGAGCACUACAUGCGGAAUUCGCGGGCCAUCGGUGUGCUAUGGGCCAUCUUCACCAUCUGCUUCGCCAUCAUCAACGUGGUGGUCUUCAUCCAGCCCUACUGGGUGGGCGACAGCGUGAGCACCCCCAAGCCUGGCUACUUCGGCCUCUUCCACUACUGUGUGGGCAGCGGGCUGGCGGGCCGCGAGCUCACCUGCCGCGGCUCGUUCACCGACUUCAGCACUAUCCCGUCCGGCGCCUUCAAGGCGGCCGCCUUCUUCGUGCUGCUCUCCAUGGUGCUGAUCCUCGGCUGCAUCACCUGCUUUGCUCUUUUCUUCUUCUGCAACACGGCCACGGUCUACAAGAUCUGCGCCUGGAUGCAGCUCUUGGCAGCUCUGUGCCUUGUGCUGGGCUGCAUGAUCUUCCCCGACGGCUGGGACGCCGAGACGAUCCGGGACAUGUGCGGGGCCAAGACUGGGAAGUACUCCCUGGGGGACUGUUCGGUGCGCUGGGCAUACAUCCUGGCCAUCAUCGGCAUCCUCAACGCCCUCAUCCUCUCCUUCCUUGCCUUCGUGCUGGGCAACCGGCAAACGGACCUGCUGCAGGAGGAGCUCAAGCAGGAGAACAAAGAUUUUGUGGGCUCUACAGUAAGCUCUGUGUUGCGGCCAGGGGGUGAUGUCUCUGGAUGGGGAGUCCUCCCCUGUCCCGUCGCUCACUCACAGGGACCCUGAAGGCCGGGAUCACAGCCCAGGAAUUGACCUGCCCUCAGCUUGUCCUGUCUCCUGCCCUCUCAUCCCUCCAUUCACGCUCUGAGGGAAGACCCCGAUCUUGGACUGACCUCACCUGCUACCUGCCUGCGAGCUCCGGGCUUUGAAGAGAGGCUGGGGCUGGGAUGCAGCCUGAGGGAGGGGAGAGGCCCUGCAGAGCCUGGGAGGGUCUGGGUCUGCACCUCCCUCAACUGACCUAAGGGAGACAGCCCCCAGUCCCUGGCCUCCUCUUCCCCUCCAGCCUGGCCAGGGCCCUGCAGAGCCUUCAGGGGAAGGAGAUGCCGUGGCUCCCCCACCAGGCUCCCUCAGUCUGGAGGGCUGCUGCCUGGCUCUGUCCUCGCCUCCUCUGGUCCCCGCCUCCUGCAGAAACUUAUCCAAGACACUGCUCCAGGGCAGCACACUGGACUCUUUCCUAUCUUUUUUGUUUGGCCGAUGAUGGUUCCAUCAUCUCGUCACAGAGCUCCAGGACCCACCGGCCUCCCUGGGGCCUCUCUGCUCCUGCUCCAGCCUGGUCCCAGCUCUCCCAAAGGAGUCUGAGCUGCACCGAGGGAGAAAGCACAGGGCCUUCUGGUCAGAUGCUGGCUGGGGCCCUGUCCAUGCGGACUCUGAGCCAAGACAGGCAGGCUCUGGAGGCAGCGCUUGGACUCCUGUCUUGAUGGCGCUUGGCCUCUGCAGCUGGGGCUGGAAGUAGCUCUGGGGCUGGCCUGGCCUCCUCCCUGCUCGGAUGGCUCACCAGUGACUGGACCCUUGACCCCGGCCUGUUUUGUACAGCAUAGACUUCUUGGCCCUGUUGUCAGGGUUGGGGAGAGGCGCCCAUGAGUAGGGAAUUAGGGGAUGCGUCGCCCCUCUGCCCCUUCUCGUGCUGUCCCCCCACCCCCUUCUGCCAAGGGCAGAGACUGUCUUGCCUCUUUGAUACUUUUCUGCAUAACUUGAACUUGCAGGUCACCUCUGAACAGGGUACCCCCUGUCCCCAUCCCCAGGCCUCGUAACCCUCUCCCCACCUCUUCCUCCUCCCUGCCCACCUCUCGCCUUGCGGUUUGCCCAGGGUCUGCAACCUGGUGGGCACGCUUGGAGCCGAGGCAUGAGUGUGUGUGUGUGUGUGUGCGCGUGUAGGUGUGUGGGGGGCAGAUGAAGAGUCUUCUCUCCCCCUCUCCUCCCACCGUGGGGACAUCUCCCCCUCCUGCAGGGAGCACAGGAAGGAGACUGCAGGUGUUUCUGACCUCCCCUCACUGCCUUGGGGACCCGGUGGUAGAGCCAUCUGGCUUGGGGCUUGGACAGCCCCUUCCAGCCCCCAUUUUGGCGGCCGGUUGGCUUCAUCUCGUGUGCCUACUUCUGUCUCCAGGCACUGGCUGCCUGGCCUAUUGUGGAGGGGGGGCAUGAGGCCCCUGCAGGCUCAGUGGGGAAGCGUGUGGUCUCCAUGUCAUGUCGGCCUCAGCCCGAGGGAGGAAAGCAGCGAGUGCCAUGUAUUUGCAGCCUUGUGUUCAUUUCCAUGGGACCUGGACCUGACAGAGUUUCCAAGACAGACCCUAGAAAUCCUCUGCCUGAGUCCCCCAUCUGGAGUCACAUGCUGGGGCCUGGGAGGGUUCCUGAAACCUGGAACUUACUAAGUCCUGCCCCCCGCCCUCUGUACUCCCUCCUCCUGGGCAGAUACCUGCCCCUUGUGCUCUGGUCCCUGCACUGUGCUCCCCUCUCCCCUGCUCCCACCAGGGUCCCGUGCUGAGUGGGAGGGUGAGGGGAGCCUCGUGAAGGUGGGGAGUGGGGUGGCAGAAGUGAGUUCCUCCAAGAUCCAAACCAAAGCCCAAUGUUGGAGGGCAUCAGGGGGAGGGACCAGGAGCAAGGGAUUAGAAAUGGGAGGAAGGUGACUUCCCUGGCGGGCCAGUGGUUAAGACUCCGCGCUUCCAAUGCAGGGGGUGCGGGUUCCAUCCCUGGUC